AUGGAGCGAGUUAAAGUGUUUCUGCGGGUGAAGGGCGAAAAGAGAGAUGGGGCAUUUAUGUUUUCAGAAAACUCAGUUAUAGACAAGUCUGGCAUGUAUGACUUUGACAAGAUCUUCUAUGGGAAAGACCAAACAAAUGUAUUUCAGAGCUUGUGCCCGCUGAUUACUAUGGCUCUAAGCGGGUAUAGUACAACUGUAUUCACAUAUGGGCAGACUGGCAGUGGGAAAACAUACACAAUGGAGGGAACUGCGGACAGCCCGGGUCUUAUUCCACUAACGAUAAAAAAAAUAUUUGAUGAGAAAGUAAAGAAUGUGACCAUAUCAGUUAUAGAAAUAUACAAUGAGAAGAUUUUUGAUCUUCUUUCCUUGGACCAGAUAAAUGUAAGGGAAAGCAGUGCCGGCAUAGUACUUGACAGAAUACAGGCAGUUGAGUGCCCAACGGUUGAUGCUGCAAUGGGUGUCUUCAAUGCAGGAAUUAAAAAUAGGCGGACCGACUGCAACGAAGUAAACAGUAGAAGUAGCAGAAGCCAUAUGGUCUUUACAAUUUCUCUUGCAAAGGAAACCGACCACUUUUUGGCCGAAUCCAAGAUAACUUUGGUCGAUCUGGCUGGGUCAGAGAAGCUUUCCUACGAUAAGCAUGGCCGAAGUGAAAGAGAGAAUGCAAGAGGAAGUGGCUCUGAGUUUCUAAUAAAGAAGCAGAAAACAGCAGAUAAGUCCUUGGAAACCAGCAAUAUCAACAAAAGCCUUCUCUGCCUCAGUAGAAUUAUUAGCACUCUUUCAGCAGACAGCAAAGCGAAAUACAUAAAUUAUAGGGACUCGAAGCUGACCUUUCUUCUCCGCGACUCACUCAGCCAGAACUCCAAUCUGGCAAUUAUUGGAGCUGUGCAGCCAGAAGAUCAGGCAGAAACAAAAAGUACAAUUGGUUUUCUGUCAACUGCUAAGAAAAUAAAGCUGUCCCCAGAGCUGAAAACCAGCGAAAAAACAGCUGAAAAGCUAAUAAAUCAGAUAAAGGCCCUAACCGCGCAGAACCACGAUCUUAAAGACAAAGUAAAUGAGCUGCUGGAGAAGCAAAGCAGAGGAGAUAAAGAAGACUUUCUUAAAAGUAUAAACAGCUCACUGGAGGAGGCCAAGCAUCUGAUGCGGCGAAUAGACUUAGCUUCCAAAGCGGCUGAUAAGAUCAAAGAGCAACUGAGCACAAUUAAAGCCAAGAACAAUGAGCUAGGCUUUGCUGUAUUUAACAAAAUGUCUGAGAUGCACAAGCAAAACGUCUUUUCUGAGCUAGAAAUACUUCAAGAUAUAAAAACUAGCCAGAAGUAG